GGUCCUCCACCCCCUAAAACGCAGCUCCGCAGCGCGCCGCUCGCAGUGUGCAGCAGAGGGACCGGAGGAGGACAGGUGAAGAAGGCACGGCUCUGCUGUGCGCUGUGUCCGGCUCCCUGGCUGCCGUUUCCAGAUCACAAUGAGCCUUUACGGGUCAAACCAGGCGCUCAACUCGGGCCGGAGGGCCAGCUCGAAGAGCAACCUCGCUAGCGGGAUGACCUACCAUUACGCGCGGAGCGAUGUGGCGCACGGAGGCGGUAAUGGAGUCGAGCCCAUAGUGGAAGGAUUUAACAGAUCGGCGACGUUUUCGAGGGCGACAACGUCGAAGGGUAGCAGGAUGAUGAGCAACACCAUGGGGAGCGCCACGAUGGGUGGAAUGAGUGGCUUCAUGCCCAACCCCUCGAGAGCCGUACAGCUGCAGACUCUCUGCAAGGAGUACCUGCAGAAGGCCGAAUACGCCAUUCAGGCCGGCUCUGGUGAUGCAGAGGAAUACAUGGUGAUGGCAAAAGAUGCUAUUGAGAGGUUAAAAGCCUUUGCAAUGGAGAUGAAUCAAAUGGGACAACCCACUGACAAUGUAGUCAGGAGCGUGGAGCACUACCAAGACCAGCUGAGAGGGGUCCACAUGGCCAUAUCUGGCACCUCGAUGAGGAGGAGGAGCACCAGAAAGAGCUCUGGAGGCUGGGAAGAGGCUGGAAGGAGUUUCCAUGAUGCUAUUGCUUGGAUCCGUCAGCAAAAGCGUUUGAUUGAAACAACUGCUUUGGCCGACGACCCUCCAUCCAUUGAACAGCAGCUCAUUCACCACCAGAGGUUUCACGGGUCCCUGCAGGGGUCGCCUGAGAUGAUCCGAGCCCGCGAAGACCUGAAAAAGAGUCGAGACAAAGCCAGCCAGCAUGCCCUUGAGCAGGAGUGGGAGAAUUUACAGAAAAUGUCAAAUUUGUGGACUGAGCAGCUGCAAGAGCUGAUCCAAAUACUUCACCAGAUAACCAAUGAGAUUAUAUGGGUGAACGGUAAAGAGGAAGAUGAGCUGAUGUUUGAUUGGGGGGACAAAAAUGUGGAACAGUACAUCCCCAAGAAGCAGGAGAGCUACUCGAAACUGAUGAGUGCCUUGGAGGUGAAAGAGAAGGAGCUGCAUAAACUUAAGGCUAAAGUGAAAACGCUUCUGAACAACAACCACCCAGGAUCUGACAAGAUUGAGGCUUACAUGGACACUUUGCAGACUCAGUGGAGCUGGCUUCUUCAAAUAACAAAAUGCAUUGAUACCCAUCUGAAGGAGAAUGCGGCGUACAGCCAGUUCUUCAGAGAGGCUAAUGACACAUACAAGAAUUUGCAAAAGGAACAUGAGACAAUCCGAAAGAAGUUCACUUGUGACAGGAACACCCCGCUGGAAGACCUUCAGGAGCUCCUUAAAGGCCUGGAGAUGGAGAGGAACAACAUCAUGGACAACAAGCGGCAGGUGAAACACUUGACUGCCAAGUCAAAGAGUAUUGUGAGGUUGAAACCCCGAAAUCCAGAGGAGAGGAACAGCAGUGGCAUCAUCGUUAAGGCUCUGACUGACUUCAGAGAAGACCAGAAAGCUAUCCUUAAAGACAACGAGGCCAUCCUGAAAGACAACAGUCAGCGCAGUAAAUGGCUGGUAACCGGUCCAGGAGGGAUCGACAUGCUGGUUCCCUCUGUGUGCCUGAUUGUACCACCUCCUAAUCCACUGAGCAUCAGCCUUGCCAACAAGAACGAGCAGUAUUUCGAUUCCAUCAUGUCCAUCUGGAAUCAGCUGUACAUCAACGUUAAGAGUCUCAUCUCCUGGCACUACUGCCUCAGAGAAAUCAAUUACAUCAACUCCCUCACCAUCUCUAUGUUGUCCGAGAUGCGUCCUGAGGAGUACCGUCAAAUCAUGAAGAAGCUGGAGACCUUCUAUGAGGAGUUCAAAAUUAGCAGCCAUGGCUCAGAGAUGUUUGUUGAUGAAGACAAGAAGACCAUCGAGAACCAGGUUACUGUGGCCCAGGCCCACUAUGACAAGCUAGUGGUAGAGCUGCCCACAUACACUGGACAUCAGGAACAAAUAGAAGUACAGCAAAUACCUGAGCAACAUGUUCAGCCACAGCUGAUCAUAAUACAACAACAACCCCAACAUCAACUGUUACUACUUCAACAACAGGAACAGCAGCGACAGCAACAAGUACUUCUGCUACAACAGCAGCAAGAAAAACAACAGCAACUACUUCUACUACAACAGCAGCAGCAAGAAAAACAGCAACAACUACUACUGCAACAGCAGCAGCAAGAAAAACAGCAACAACUACUACUGCAACAGCAGCAGCAAGAAAAACAGCAACAACUACUACUGCAACAGCAGCAGCAAGAAAAACAGCAACAACUACUACUGCAACAGCAGGAGCAAGAAAAACAGCAACAAUUACUACUACAACAGCAACAAGCUGCAGCAGAGGAGGAGGCCAGAAGGCUGGAGGAAGAGAGACGUCAAGCAGAGCUUAAAAGACAGGCAAAGAAAGAAGUGGCAGAGAAGGAGCAUGUGAUCAAGAAGGAUGUGGUGAAAGUAACAAAAACAGAGCAAAGAAGAAAAGUUUCCUCCUCCUCUUCUACAUUCGUCUCGGCAUCUCGUCUUUUAUCUGAGCUGCAUGGCCUCAGACUGAGGAUGGACACUGCUGAGGGAUCACUCAGUCAGUAUGUUCACAUUUGCUUUGGAGAUGACGGGGCUAAAGACUGUGGUCUGAAGAUCACUCAGCUAGAGUCAAUACAGGACGAUGUUUCCUCAAUGCGUGAAGAGUAUACACAUUUAAGAGAGCGUAUCUUGAAGGAGAUGGAAACCACUAACGAUUUAGAUAAAGCACAGUUCCUCCGCAAUGAGGUCGCAGUGAUGAGCCAGAAACUGGGCAAUCUGGAGAGCAGCUCAUCUGCUUAUGUACUAAGGUUGCGGGCUCUAAGGGACAUGCUGGAGAGCGUAGCACGAGCUGAAGACAUUGUCAAAGUUCAUGAAGCAAGACUGACAGAAAAAGAGACCACUUCUCUAUCUCCAGCUGAAGUCGGUGAAUACAUAGAGGCCCUGAAGAAUAUGAAAGCAGAGCUGAUGCAGAAACAAGAUGUUCUGACCUCUAUGGAGUCAGAGCUGUCUAAGGCGAGCCACUGGAACAGUCAGAUGGGUGGCUCCUUCCACAGGUGUGACCUGAUGUUGUCAAAGUUCACAGAGCAGGUGGGCUUGCUCUCCGACCGCUGGAGACGAAUCCAGAAACAGAUUGACACCAGGCUGCAGGAUUUGCAGCUGUAUUUGCCUCAAUUGCAGCAGUACAAGCAAGUCUACACUUCUAUCACUGAAUGGAUAGAGGCAACGCGUAGAAAACAGGAUGCACUACAGGCAACCAAGAUAGAGAACGUUCAAGCAGUAAAAGACCACAUUACCAACCAAAAGGUCCUGAACACAGAAAUUAAGGCAAAGCGUGAGACACUAGACAGUGUACUGCAAAACAUACACACAUGUGUGAAUACUAUCAAGGUAAGCGAGGCGUACCUGCAUCCUAUCAUGAAAGAUGCAAUACAUCUUCAAACUCGUUACACGGAGCUGCUUAUUCUGUCUGGUGACUACUACAAAUUCCUGGGGCAGUUGGAAAAAAACAUGGAGGAGCUUAAGAUGCGAAACACCCAGAUAAAUAUGCUUGGAGAUCAACUUCACUCUCUGAGAGAAGAAAUGGAAGCACGCAAUGCCAAAAACAAAUCACUGGAAGAGGCUGCUGCUCAAUUCAAGCUGCAGCUGUCUCAAUCGCAAGAGCGGUUGCUGUCAGUGGAAGAGAUAAAGCAAAAAACUGUGAUGCAGUGCAGUGCCACCAAGGACAGCUUAGAUUCCACUCAGGGCGAGCUGGCUAAGCUCAAAAGUGAGGUUCAACGCCUUGAGUACAAACUUGAUGACGAGAGAAGGAAGGCAAAACUGGCCGAGGAGGGCUACGACAGGCAGAAAAACGAGUGGGAGUCUGUACUGAACCAGAGGCAGAAAGAGCUGGACACGGUCUGCAGGUCCAAGAAGGAUAUGGAAGACAGUUUAGCAAAUAAGGAACAUGAGAUUGAGCAGCUGCGCCAGAAGCUGGCUAAUGAAUCAACAAGGUUGAUGGAUCUUCAAAAAGAGAUGUCAAAGGUAAGGGGCAAUUUCAGUAUGGAGAUCAACAGCUUAAAGCUCAGCUAUGAAUCCCAGAUCCAAAUUAGUCGCACAGACAUCCAGAGGCUUUCUGCCCAGAGGGAUGAGAAUACAGCUGAACUACAGAUGCAAUAUGAAAGAAUGGAGACAGAGAGGAGAAAUCUGGAAGAUGAACUCAGGAGGCUUAGAACUUUUAUCAGUCAGACUGAAGAGCAGAAGAAGAAGGCUGAGGAGGAAUGGUGUAAUCAGCGUGCUAUGCUGAUAGAGGACGGGCACAGGAGGAGAGAGUUAGAAAGUCAAGUGGAGUUGCUAAUGAGGCAGAGAGAUGAAGAAAGAAAUCAAUACAGAGAGGAGUUGGCUGAAAUCCUAAAGACCCUACAGGAGAAGAAUGACCAACUGGUUUAUGUUACUCACAGUUUAGAGGAGGAGACUCGUAGGAGGAAGACAUCAGAGGAGGGACAGGUGGUUUUUGAGCAGUCUUUAGCUCAGCUACAAAUGGAGUUGAACAGUUCUUCAGAGGCUGCAACACAACUGAGGGAGUGCGAGGAGCAGCUUCUUCAAACACGCUUCCAACUGGAAAGAGAGAAAAAGGAGCGGUGUAGGAUGGAGCAAAAUAUGAGCAGUUUGCAGGGACGCAUCAAAGACCUGCAGGGGGUGAGAGAUAGCCUUGAAAGUCAGGUGGAGAAUCUGAGGGAAACACAUCAAGAAGAGAUAGGCAAGAGAAGGCAGGUAGAAGCAGAAUUAGAAAAGACCACUCUGACUAUGACUGAGUACACAAACACCAUCACUGUACUGCGCCAGAGCCAAGAACAGGCCAGUAUAUCUGAAACUAGAGGUGAAAAGGAGUGCAUUCAGCUAAAAGAAAAGCUUGAGAAAACCUUGAGACUAAACCAGGGCUUCUUAGACCAAAAUACUCAGCUACGUGCUGAGGUGAAAACCAUAAAGCAGCAACUUCUGGAGGAACAGUCCCAGGCAAAGGAGGCAAGCCUGACAAACGAGAGUCUUUACAAAACUAUUGAGGAGAAGAGUAUGGCUCUCAGUGAGAACUCAGCUGAGCUAAAAAGACUUAAAGAGUUGAUAGAAACACAGAGCAAAGAAGAGCUGAGGAUAAAAGAGGAGCUGAGGGCAGUACGACAAGAUAAAGAAGAACUCUUGAAAUCUAAAAAGGGGAUUGACGAUGAACUCUCUUCACAAAUUACUGCCCUGGAACUACAGCUGCAAGCCAGUGAAUGCAGCAAUGCCGAACACCGCAACCUGGUGUCAGAACUGUCCUCUGAACGUGAGAAACUGAAGCUGGAGGCUGAGAAAAUUCAAAAGCAGGUCGCAGAGGCCAUAGAAAAUUGUCUAGUGGAGAAGGGUCAUGGCAUUCGUUUGCUGGAGGCCCAGAUUGCCAGUGGAGGCAUCAUUGAUCCCCAACACAGCCACCAUAAGAAGAAGCAGGAGUCAAGCAAAAAGAACACUGUAAGAAAGAGGAGAGUGAUAAUUGUGGAUCCAGAGACUGAUAAAGAGAUGACAGUACGUGAAGCAUACAACAAAGGGUAUAUUGACUAUGACACCUACCUGGAGCUGUCAGAGCAGGAAUGUGAGUGGGAAGAGAUUACUAUCACUGCUCCAGAUGGCUCCAUACGAACCAUCAGGAAGAUCAUUAGUUACAUCAUCAUCAUUGUCAUCAAUGCUAUCCACUUCAGGAACUUCAGCUUCUUUAAGCUCAUCUUCAGUAACAUCAUCAACCUCAAAAACAUCAGUAGUCCCUGUUCCAUCGAUUACGUCAUCUUCCUCAUCUUCUUCUUCAUCAACUGUUGUAUCGAGACCGUUAUCUCCUACAUUCACCAAAACAACUACAACAAAAACUACCACAAUCAUAGAGAAACGCUCAUCAUCCAGCAUUGUCGCUGA